AUGUUGAUCGAUGGCUCCGUAUUGCAGGUCAACGUUACAGCCCAUUUCGGCGCGCCUACUGCUCCAUUCACCGGCCUGACCACCGCCAGCACUAGCACCAGCGCAAGUGAGCCAGGGUCGAAUACGGUGACAAUUGUCGGCAUCGUUGUGGGCAUGGUGGGAGGCCUUCUGCUGCUAGGGCUGGCCGCAUGGUUUUGUAUUCGACGUAGCAAAACGAAGAGUGCUACUGCCGCUGCUGCCGCGACCGCCGCACCGACUCCUGGUGGUACCGGCCAUGUUCAGCCCUAUAUGCAGCAUCCGCAGACUUUUCCACGGCAACAGCAGUAUCAGGAGCCCCCGAUGUAUCUCGCGCAAUCGCAGCAAAUGAAGGAUGUUGACCCUCGCCACACUCCAAUGCAGCCGCCGGGGGAGUUGCCCGAAGAUUAUGUGCGGUAUGAGGUAGCAUGA